AGUUUCAGGAAAUUAUUGCAGUGUUCUGAUGUAAUUCAGUUGCAGGCCAGAAGAAAUGUUCAGAAAUAACCUGCAUGGCUUUUUCUCGUUAUAUUUAAGGUUUCUAUCUGUAGCGCACACCAUACAGUUUCUAACGUCAGUAGCGAUUGUUGAUACUGGAUGGAUGUCGACUUAUGAUAUCUCGCCUUUUAAAAAAUUUCUCUCUGAUUAUCGCUUUCCAAUUUGUUCAAUUUAUAAAGAGAAGAAAUGUGAUGCAACAAGUAAUGAUACAAGGCCUAGUGUGAGAAGUCCAAAAUUGAACAGCGAAGCGGUACAAUCAACAGAAAGUGCAGCGAAAAUUGUAAAAUACGAAUCUACAGUCUUUUUGGAGAAUACGGAGGCAGGAAAUGAUGCGAUUCCAUCUGUACAAGAAGUUGAUUUAACUGUCCCUUUUUCUAGCGAACAACCUCCAAUCGUUACAUUUGACGAAUGGACUAAGGAAAAGUUAAAAAAAGAAGAGAUUAGGAAAGCUGAACAACAACAGAAUCAUCAACAUAAAGCAAAUAUGCACUCGGAUGCUGGUGAGACUUCAAAAAUGGAUUCCAGUUCAAUUCCUGCAUCCAAAGUAACAGAAGGUAUAACACGACUUGCGUCAUCCAAUAUGAUUUCUCAGGAAGCUACAGCACGGAACUAUGCUUCGAAAGAAUGUGGUGCUAAAGUUCUCUUUAGCAAUGAUGAGGCUGAAAAUAAGAAUGCCAUAUUGAAUGAGAAGGAAGCGGACGAUUAUAUGCGUAAUCCUUGUGAACGUGCAGAGCAUAAAUGGCUUAUUAUUGAACUCUGUGAAACUAUACAGCCAACUGUCUUGGAAAUAGCAAAUUUUGAGUUAUUCUCAUCAGGACCGCAAAAUAUAAGAAUUUUGGGCAGUGAACGUUAUCCUUCAAAUGAAUGGGUAGCUUUGGGUGAUUUUAUAGUUGGAAACAAUCGUGAAAUACAACGGUUUACAGUUACUGCGCGGUCAUACGUCAAGUUUUUGCGGUUAGAAUUAUUGUCACAUUAUGGUCGCGAACAUUAUUGCACACUUAGUUUGGUACGACUUCUUGGGAUUUCAAUGGUUGAUGAAUAUGAAGCGGAAGCUGAAGCUGCUGCAGUUUCAGACACAUCGUUUUCUGUCCCUGUUGAGGUACAGGCAAUAAACAGUACUCCAGAGGAAAAGAUGAACAUUGGUGCUGUUACCCCAACUAGUACCGCCGAGAAAAAUGAAAGUGUUGACGAUUCGCCGUUGGUUAAUGCUGUGGUGAAUGUAGUUGGCAGUAUAGGAAUUGUUGAUAUCAAAGGCGUCCUCGAAUCAACCUUCCUGUUGAAGCGUACAGGAGCUUCAUCAUACAAUAUUACCAGAAGGAAUGCAGCAGUGGUAGAAUUAUGCAGGAAAUGUUCUCUUGACACCGUCGAUAGUUAUGUAUUGUUCUGUCGAGCAUUCUUUGGAUUUCAGUAUAGUUUUAUUGACACUGGCAGUGCUAGUGAAGUAAAAAAUAAGCAGAUUCAUAUUCAUUCUUCUUUCAAAAAUCAGAAGAAAAGAAAUCGAACACGAGUUCUGAAAUUUUUCCUUACUUCCGUUUUGCCAACUUACUUUUGUGAUCUGCAAUCGGGAGAUUUUGAAAAUAUGCAAAAUUCCACUUCACAUAAUGUAGCAGAAUCGGAUGUCAUCUCGACAAUAUCUCGUACUAGAAAUUCACCGGCGACUUCAAAUUCAUUGAAUAGAAAGUCGGGCGGAGGAUUUAUGAUUCCUGGGGGAGUCAUGAGCCAUAAAGAGUCGAUAUUUCUGAAACUGAAUAAGCGGAUCAGUAGUUUGGAAUUGAAUAUGUCUCUCAGCAGUGAAUAUUUAUCAGAACUUAGCCGACGUUAUGUUUUACAAACUAAUGAAAGUCGACGACAUGCUGAAUUAAUUAUCAAACAGGCGGAAGAAGCAGCUAUUAAUGCUAUCAGACCAUCUAUUAAUGCUUUAAAAAUCCAGAUAGAUGCUCUUGCAGCCAGCUUGAGAGAACUCACCGAAACAGUAAAAGGUUUACCGCAGGAAGUCACUCCAGCGCAUCGUACCAUGAUAUUGAAGCAUAUCGUAAGUAGAGGCGGUGAUGCGGAUGCAUCGUUGGCGCGUUCUCAAGCACAUUUCUAUGGUUGUUUUGGCGUGUGGACGAUUGGUGAGCUGGUUUGUAUCGUUGCUUUUAUAAAUGUUCUAACGCUACUGAUCCUGUUGUUGUUACACUAUGCUUCCACCAUUAUUAGCCGCAGUGCUGAUGGACAAAUAAUGAAUGAGCAGCUUCAGAAUUUUAUUCAGGAAAAUUCCGAUGUUCUAUCUACGACUGAAGCGUAUCCUGAACAACAUCUGAUAGCAGAAGUCUCAUCCGUAGUUUGUGACGUGGUUAACAUUACUGAAGUUGAAAAUGUAUCCAGUCCUUCGUUGGCACUGCCUAAUGAAACUUGUUUGUUAACGGAAAACGAAGCAAGGGAAGAAAAUCAUCUUAAUAGGCCACAGUCAGUGGAAUUGCUUGACCGGCCUUCGUCUCAACUUUCAACGCAUAGUGAACAGAAUCCGUGGCAGACAAGGAAGCGGAAAAAUAAAAAACGGAGGGGAAAUCGUAAGAGUGAAAAUUUAGAUGAACCAUUAUAUGGUUUCAGAAUUCUGGCGAAUCUAGGGAUUGAAUAG